ACGCAUAUUUUUUGUUUCGGUGAUUUUGGCGGUAGAAACAUGCGCGAGGAACAGAGCGCACAUUCAAUAUGAGGAAGAAUCGUAUACACGGAGAAAUGGGCGUUCGUAGUUUCGUACUAAUUGUAUCAAAUAUAUUUAUCAGAUAUCAAUAGCUUUAUAAGAAGAAAGAUAUAAAUAAGAAUCAUAGAACUUUAAGUGUUGUAACACGAAAAUUAUAGUUUUUGUAAAAAUGUCAAAUAUUUAAGAUAUUAUUAAAAAUGGCUAAACGAAAAAGUUUAAACAAACGUCGGUCUAGAUACAGUUCUGCUAUUUUAAAUUCCGAUACGGAUAUUUUUGGUGAUGAAUACCCAUACUGGUGGAAAAAGUUGGAAGACACCUCGUUAGCGCAACUAUCAACUGAUUCGAAAAUUUUAAAUCAAACUAGCCGUCAUUUAGAUUCUAAUUCACAAAUAGAAACAAGCCAGGUUACAGGUGAAUGGUGGAAAAUAUUAGAUGUUUCGAGUAUUCCAAAUUCUCCCAAAAUAAACAAAGAUAUCGUAGAAAAAAAUUCAGCUAAUAAUGUACUGAUGUCAGAAUCUGAAGAAGAACUUGAAAUUGCAAAAAGCAAACAUCAUUUGCGUUCAAAGGCAAGAAAAAGCAAGGAUAAUAUUUUUUUGAACGUUUUAAACGAUUCUGUAACAACCAAGUCAGACGUUAAAAAGGAAAAUAAUAACGUAAUAACGUCGGAAUCCGAGGAAGAACCGGAAAUUGCAAAAAAAAGAUAUCCUCUGUAUUCAAAAGCGAAACAAAGCAAAGAUAAUAUCUUUUUUAAUGUCUUAAACAAUUCUGCGACGACUACGUCAGAAGUUGUACUGGAAAAUAAUAAUGUAGUAACGUCGGAAUCUGAAGGUGAACCUGAAAUUGCAAAAAGGAAAUUUCUCUUGCGUUCUAAGGCAACAGAAAGUAAGCAUAAUAUUUCCCCGAAUGUCUUAAACGAUUCUAUAAUAACUAAGUCAGAUGUUAAAAAGAAAAAUAAUAAUGUAGUCACGUCAGAAUCCGAGGAAGGAUCUAAAAUUGCAAAAAAGAAAAAUCUUUUGCAUUUAAGGGGAAAAAGAAGCAAAAGCAAUGUUUUCUCGAACGUCUUAAAUGAUUCUAUGACAACUAGGUUAGAAGUUAUAAAGAAAAAUAGUAAUAUAGUAACGUCGGCAUCUGAAGAAGAGCUUGAAAUUGCAAAAAGCAAAUACCAUUUGCGUUCAAAGGCAAGAGAAAGCAAAGAUAAUAUUUUUUUGAACGUUUUAAACGAUUCUGUAAUAACCAAGUCAGACGUUAAAAACAGAAGUAAUAAUAUAAUAACGUCGGAAUCCGAGGAAGAACCGAAAAUUGCAAAAAAGAGAUAUCUUCUGCGUUCAAAGGCAAAACAAAGCAGAGAUAAUAUUUUUUUGAAUGUUCUAAACGAUUCUGUAACAACCAAGUCAGACGUUAAAAAGAAAAAUAAUAAUAUAAUAACGUCGGAAUCCGAGGAAGAACCUGAAAUUGCAAAAAGGAAAUUUUCCUUCCGUUCUAAGGCAACAGAAAGCAAAGAUAAUAUUUUUUCGAAUGUAUUAAACGAUUCUGUAAGAAGUAAGUCAGGAGCUAUACAUGAGACCAAUAAUGUACCAAUCCUGGAAUCCGAAGAACCUAAAAUUGCAAAAGGAAAAUAUCUUUCGCGUUCUAAGAUAACAGAAAGCAAAGAUAAUAUUUUUUCAAAUGUUUUAGAUGAUUCUGCGACAACUAGAUUGAAAGUUAUGCACAGAACUGGUGAAAAAAGUUCUAAGAGUAAUUCUGCAUCGAAUAGUGAAACAGUUGCUAACGCUGAACAAUUAAAUAAGAUACAAGGAUAUAGUUUGAAUCACAGUCAAAAGACUGAUGAUAUUUUAAAAUUAAAGUCUAAUAUUUCAAAGAAUAAAAAUAAUGAGUUACAAAUGACAACAAACUACUUAGUUCCUGCAAUAACCGAAACAUCAGUUUCCAGCGAAGCAGGGUCGAAUCGGUUCGCAUUAAAUUUUGAGGAUGAUUCUAUACAUUUUGCGGUACCAAAAGCACAGAGUACAAUACUCGAAAGUGGUGGUUUGUCUGUACAUAAUAGCACUAAUGAAAGCAAUAACAGUGACGCAUACCAUAAAAUAUUAAAAUGGAAAUCAAAGUUGUUAACAAAUCAUAAUAAGAAUGCAAAGAAGAAUUUAUUUGAAACUGUAUUCGAAGAUCAAGAAAGUACUAUUAAAAUACGAGGAAAUGCAACAGCCGAUGCAAUAGCAGAACAUUCACUGAAAUCAUCAAAGGUCUCUGAAGCACUACAUCUUUCUCGAUUGCCGUCUUCUCCUUCCAAAAAAGCAAUUUCGUCUCCUUCGCGACAUUCAAUGAUGGUCAAAACGUGUACAAACACACAUAGCGAUGAGCCAAAAGGCCAGACAAGCAUCAGGCACUUUUUGAUGUCGGAUAAAACGUUGCCGACAUCGCAAAUGUUUUGGGAUAAAGAGAAAGUAGAUGGAAUAAAACGAGAAUUAGAGAGGGUGAAGGAACGAGAAAUAGCUCGCAUGAAAAUGAAUACGAACAAGCAAGAAGUUCAAAAGAAGUUGCCUUCGCGGGAAGGAAAAAUAAAGCAAAUUGAGAAAAAUACGAAGUCGACAUUGCAGAAGCAACGUCCUAUGAAACAAGUCCAUAAAGCUUUUUUGGUGAACGGACGAGCGUACAGAGCCCCUCGGCUUCCCCGUCCUCAACACUGGAUUACCGAUCGUCUUUAUAAAUACUUGUGGAAGUGUAUGGAACCGAGAUUCAAGUUGGAAACUAGAGUGGUUUCUGAAAAAUUUGUACAUCAGUUGUCGAGUGUAACAACGUUGAUCGCCAAACGUAAAUCAUACUCGAAUUAUAAAGCUGAAUUGUACGCGUUAAUGAAAGAAAUGGCACGGCUUGAUAUUAUUCAUACUCGAAACGAUUUCUACAAUUUUUGUCAUGAUUUCUUUCCCUAUGAGCUUCGCGUUAAAACAGUGCCAAUGUUAUUACCUGGAAACAAGAGAAAUAUACCAUACGACGCGGAUACGCUGCACAAACCUCUUCUAGCCCCUUGAACCUUUGUUGUACAUGACUCGAUACAUGGGCGCCGUUACAUUUAACGCGACUCAUAUCACAGAAUAUAAAUAAAUAUAUUUUCGUUAUGUUCGAAGAAAGGAAUCGGUCCGAUUUAUUUUGUAUCAGAACAUUACUUACAUUUUAUGCCCUAAUUAAAGUGAUCAUUUUUCACCAUUGAAUCUCUGUACGUAGAAUAUAAAAAGUAUUUAUAAAUAAGAUCGAAUAAAAUGUAGAUGUACAUUUGGUUAUUUAUGUAA